GAGAAGGAGGAGGAGGAGGAGGGCGGGAGGCGCGCGAUGCCCGGCGAGCUCCGCUCCGCAGCCCGGGCGCGGGCCGCCAUGGCCGAGCCGCAGGACCCGCCGAAGGAGGAGCGGAAGAAAGAUAAAAAGGAGAAGAAGCACAAACAAAAUAAACGGAAAAAAUCCCAGCCCGAAACUGAGGAAUCUGAAGAACUUUCUCCACCCACCCUCAAAAAGGGGAAAAAGAAAGAAGAGCUCUCCGACAGUGACUGUAGUCCUCCAAAGUCGAAAAAGGCAAAAAAGAAGGAGAAGGCUUCUGAAGAUGCACUCAGCCCCCCUAAAUCGAAAAAAGCAAAAAAGAAGGAGAAGCCUUCAGAAGACGAACUCAGCCCGCCCAAAUCGAAAAAGGCAAAAGAGAAAGAUGAGGCUUCUGAAAAUGAACUCGGUUCUCCUAAACCGAAAAAAGCCCCCCAAAAGGGGAAAGAUUUGGAAGAGAAGAGCCCAAAGCAGACAUGGUCAACAAGCAAUGGGGUCGCUCCCUCCAGCCCCGUGUCUCAGGAACCCAAAGCGGCAGAUGAACCACAACAGCACCUAACUGCUGAGCAAAAAGAAGGAGCCUUCUCUAAUUUUUCUAUCUCGAAGGAGACUAUCCAGCUUCUUAAAGCUCGCGGGGUGACCUACCUGUUUCCCAUACAAGCAAAGACCUUUGGCCACGUGUCCAGUGGGAAAGAUGUGAUUGCUCAAGCCCGCACCGGAACGGGGAAGACCUUCUCUUUCGCCAUCCCUUUGAUCGAAAAACUCCAGAGGGAUCUGAAGGACCAAAAGAGAGGUCGUCUUCCAAAGGUGCUAGUUCUUACUCCCACGAGGGAGUUGGCGAUCCAGGUUGGCAGAGACUUCAGUGACAUCACCAAGAAGCUGACUGUGGCUUGUUUUUAUGGCGGAACCGCAUAUAAUGGGCAGAUCAAUCACAUCAGAAACGGAAUCGACAUCUUAGUCGGGACGCCGGGGCGAAUCAGAGACCACAUUCAGAGCGGCCGACUGAACCUGACCAGUCUGCAGCACGUUGUCUUGGAUGAAGUUGAUCAGAUGCUGGAUAUGGGGUUUGCCGAGCAAGUAGAAGAAAUUUUAAGCGUGGCUUACAAGAAAGACUCAGAAGACAAUCCCCAGACCUUGCUCUUUUCUGCCACCUGCCCACAUUGGGUCUAUGACGUUGCUAAGAAAUACAUGAAAGUGAAAUACGAGCAAGUUGACCUUAUCGGAAAGAAGACGCAGAAGACCGCAAUGACUGUGGAGCAUUUGGCUAUCAAGUGCCACUGGGCUCAGAGAGCAGCCGUCAUCGGGACCGUCAUCCAGGUUUACAGCGGCACUCACGGGCGGACCAUCGUCUUUUGUCGGACAAAGAAGGAAGCCACCGAACUGUCCCUCAGCCCUGCAAUCAAACAGGACGCUCAAUCGUUGCACGGUGACAUCCCUCAGAAGCAAAGAGAAAUUACAUUGAAAGGUUUCAGGAGUGGUGCCUUUGGCGUUCUGGUGGCCACUAAUGUAGCUGCCCGUGGAUUAGAUAUCCCUGAGGUUGAUCUGGUAGUUCAGAGUUCACCCCCGGAGGAUGUGGAAUCGUAUAUCCAUCGUUCUGGACGGACUGGUCGAGCUGGUCGAACGGGGAUCUGUGUCUGCUUUUAUCAGGCCAAGGAGGAGUAUCAGCUGUCGCAAGUGGAACAAAAAGCGGGCAUCACGUUCAAGCGGAUAGGUGUUCCAACUACCUCGGAGGUAGUCAAAGCCUCCAGCAAAGAUGUCCUCAGGUCUCUGGAUUCCAUCCCGCUCCAUGCCAUCAAUUACUUCAAGCAGCCCGCCCGGGAGCUGAUAGAGGAAAAAGGGGCAGUGGAUGCUCUGGCUGCAGCGAUAGCCGUCAUUUCAGGCGUCACGUCCGUCGAGCAGCGCUCCCUGAUCAACUCGGCCGUGGGGUUCGUGACCAUGACCUUGCAGUGCUCCGUGGAGAUGCACACCUUGAGCUAUGCUUGGCGAAGCCUGAAAGAGCAACUCGGCGAAGAAAUUGAAGGCAAAGUGAACCACAUGUGUUUACUCAAGGGAAAGAUGGGUGUUUGCUUUGACGUCCCUAAAGCAACGGUGGAGUUAAUUCAGGACCAGUGGAAGGACACAAGGCGCUGGCAGCUGUCGGUGGCAACCGAAUUACCCGAAUUGGAAGAACCCUAUCGUGACGCAGGCAGAGGAGGCAGAGGCCGCGGCGGAGGCAGGGGCCGGGGAGGCUUCUCCAAUAACUUCAGAAAUCGGAGAUCGGAAGCCGGCGGCUUCAACAGAAACGACAGAUUCCAAAACAGAGGCCAGAAGCGGAGUUUUCAUAGAGUGUUUGAUUAACGAUGGGAUUUGGGAAGACUGAGUAAAUUUGGAGAAGCAGAACCGUUUUAAAACUGGUUUUUAUAUAUAUUUUUUAAAAAAGUUGCCAUUUCUUCUGCUUUUAUUUCUCCCGCUUUUCUUUUUGCCUGGCGAGUCGCUGCAGCUCAAGGCAGCCAUCGGCAAAACGCA